AUGGGCCCACCUGGCCCUGUGUCUGCCUGUCCACUAGGAGAAAAGGGGCACAUGGGCCCGCCUGGCCCUGUGUCUGCCGGGCCCCCUGGAGAAAAGGGGCCCAUGGGCCCACCUGGCCCUGUGUCUGCCGGGCCCCCUGGGCCACCUGGCCCUGCAGGGUUGAUGGGGCCAAUUGGUCCUCCUGGCCCAAAUGGAAAAGCUGCCGGACCACCGGAACAUCUGAAACCAGUCAGGUUAAACAAAGCAUUGGUUAUAGCAUCUUGCCCUGAAGGUUACACUAAGUUCCGUGGAACCUGCUACAAGGCGUUCAACACCCUGGCGAACUUUGCGGACUCGGCUCUCUACUGUCGCGUCGAUGGCGGCACCCUUGCCAUGCCCCGAGACGCUGCCACAAACUACGUCCUCAUCUUUCUCAAGAACGCCGUCGACAAAAACGCCUACUUCUGGUUUGGUCUCCAUGAUCGGCGCGAAGAAGGAAGCUUCGAGUGGAUCGAUGGUUCUGCACUUGGAAGCUACAACUACUGGGCUUCGGGGGAGCCAAGUAAUAACGACUCCAAAGAACACUGCGCUCACUACAUCUCGUCUACCUACAGAAAACCUGCUAAUGCAAACAAGUGGAAUGACAAAAACUGCAAUUUCCUUAUAUUCUUCAUAUGCCAAGUGGCACCAGGUAUGCUCACUCCUUUGCAGGACGUCCGUAAGCGACAGGCCGAGCUCUCACCACCUGUGUUAACGUUCAAGAAGACACUGGUAAAAUACAAGACCUCAAAGUGA